GAGAAAUUCUGCAAAAAAACCUUUUUGUCAUUUCAGUAACGGUUGAAGCUCAAAAAUUGAAGGUCAGGACAGGGUGAAUGUCCUGAUAUUGCUAUAAUAAUGCCGGAUAAGUUAUACCUGGUAUUUGCCGACAAUGAUCCGUUUAACGAAGUAACAUCAUGUCGAACUAUAACGAACAUACGACCUAUAUGCAACACACAGCAGAUGGAAAUGAAUUUUACAAGUUACUCUGAAACGUUUGGUCCCGACUCUGUCGAUGGCGUUUUUCAAAAGAAAAACACAGGCACCUACAAAAUAAUCAUAUCGGAAGAAGCUCGUAAAGACGUAAUACUUCAUGACAAAUUCAUUGCUGAAGGGAAGAAAACAGGGAAUGCCGCGAAUUUCACUAAAGAAUUCAAUUCAUUCAUGAAUGUGGAUCAUGUCUUUUAUUCAUGCGAUGGAAAAGUGCUCAUUCAUGUUUGGUGCAGUGAAAACGGAAGAGCGGUUGAAGUGUUCAAAGGGAGUACAAAGUCGACUGCUGAAGAUGCUCUCUAUGUCCACAAUACUUUCGCCAAAUGGAAGAAUGGAUGGGAAAAUAUAAAGCUUUACCCUUUCAUAUGCUCGAUUCAGCAUGCCAAUAAAUUUUAAAGAUUACAAGUAACAUUAUCAAUUCAACUAUUAGGAAACGCCUACGUUUUUUAUUCAUACAAAGGAAGAUAUUAAUAAUAAAGAUUUUAUGCAUUUAAUAAAGGGUAUUGCUUUCGAUCCUUAUUUACAGUGAUAAAAACAAUACAUUUAUUCAAGGUGAAUGUUUUAUCUGGAUACUGAGUUAUACUUUAUGAUAUGCUAAAUUAAGAUUGAAACAUAUCCUGCUCAGCUACA